CUGUCUAACUUAUGGCAAGACAAAGACUAUCAAGAAAAAUGUGACAAGUACAAGGAUAGUCGAUCUAAGCCUAGGAAUCACCAUGUUGCUGGAUCAAAGGCUUUCUACAAGGUCAAAAAUCAUUUGAAAAAGAAAAACAAUGGCUUGAAUCCUGACCUUCCCGAGACUUGGAUGAAGACUCAUUACAGCGAAAAGAGAAAAUGUUGGACAGAUGGUUCAGAAACCAUAUAUAAAAAGUUAAAAGAUGUUCAGGAUCAAGCGAUGGCAAAUGGAUCUGUUCCUUUGACAGAUGAGGAGCUCUCAUGUACUGUCUUUGGAUCCAAACCAGGAUACAUACGUGGUUUAGGACAUGGUCCCAAGCCUAGCUUAACAAAAUCUGGCCAAACUUCUCGAGCACAACUUAUAAGAGAUGCUGAAGAGGCUAGAGAAGAAACAAUAGCAGCGCAGAAGAGGUGUGAGGAGGCUCUAGUUGAAGCAGCAUUGGCUCGUAAAAAUACAGAGCAACUAGCAGAAACCGUGGCUAAUAUGCAAUCCCAAUUAAAUUUCUUGUUACAGCAAAAUGGUCACAACAUGUCUUCCAAUGAUGCUAAUUACUCAACAAACGAUGGUGAUCGUUUGGUGGAUGAAGAUGCAAUGGAGUACUAGAUGGGAAACCAAUUGUAUCUUUUGGUUGAUGCAAUAGAGUACUAGAUGGGAAACCAAUUAUAUCUUUUGGUCGAUGAAGAUGCAAUGGAGUACUAGAUGGAAACCAAUUAUGUUAUCUUUUGAUGGAUGAAGACGCAAUGAAGUGUUAGAUGGGAAACUAAUGAUGUUUGGAGGACAAAACCGCUUCUUGCCUUUUGUUUUUUGGGACUUCUAGAUGGAAGAAGGAUAUUGGAAGGAUGCAAUUAGUUUUUGGUACAUAAUAGUACAUAAUAUAGUACUUCAUUGCAGUUUUUGUAAAGAUACUCGAUACAUGAUAUUAUAUUUUGGGGAUUGAAGUACCAGGCUAUGACAUUUGUGAAA